AUGCGGAAAUCAAUCAUAUCGUGUCUCGCGACUUGUGCAGUCUCAGUGUUGGGCAAAUGCUACGAGCCCAGUCCCGCAUUCCCCGUGCCAUCAUGGACCAGCAACUUAGCCGCCAAGCUGAGACCGACCUUCGAUAUCAUCCAAGAGAGAAUCCAAGAAAUCGUCAGUGAAAGCAAAUACGACAACACAUCCUACUCCGUCGAGGUGACAUCGAGCACCGAGACGCUGUGGGGAAGCUGGCAUACGGCUCGCAACCAGAACGAGACCCGCCCGGGCACCCGACAUGUCGAUGCAUCCAGUCAGUACCGCAUUGCCAGUAUCACAAAGGUCUUCACCGUCCUCGCGAUCCUGCACCAGCAAAAGGCCGGCAAUCUGAGCCUCGAAGCUCCAGUAUCCCAGUACAUCUCCGCCUUGAACUCUCCCGACUACGAACUCCCCUGGAAGGACAUCACCCUCCGAGCCCUGGCGAGCCAACUCUCGGGCAUACCGCGAGAAUUCGCCCAGGGCGACAUCCUCAACCUCGUCGCAGACCCAACGACUCUCGGUCUGCCACCAGUUUCCCAAGAAAAUAAUCUCCCUGCCUGUGACGAAUACAACAAGUACAAACCCUGCAAUGCCAGCGAUCUCCUCUCCACCCUCAAGAACUUCUCCCCGCUCUUCGCGCCCAACCAGAAAUCCACCUACAGCAACGUCAACUUCGAACUCCUCGGCCUCGUCCUCGAAAACGUCACCGGGAUGCCCUACGAGGACUACAUCACCCACGCCAUCUUCCAACCCCUCAACAUGACCUCCUCCACCCUCACAACCCCUCCCUCCGACACCCACGCCGUCCUCCCCCUCGUGCCCCCAGAAGGCCUCUACAGCGAGGGAGGCAACUACUGGGACGUCGACGAGGGCAUCCAAGCCCCGACAGGCGGAAUCUACUCCUCGAGCACCGACAUGUCCGCCUUCCUGCGCUACAUCCUCACCCACUACAACGCCCUCGCCACGGGCGUCAACUUCCUCCUACCGCAGAGCUACGGAACCGGAAUCCACAACGCCUACGGCCUCCCCUUUGAGAUCUUCCGCACAGACACGCUGCUCCGCCCGUCCACCCGCCGCCCCGUCACGUUCGCCACGAAAUCCGGCGGCCUCCCGGGCUACUACUCCCUCAUCAGCCUCCUCGACGAAUACGCCCUCGGUUUCACGAUUUUGGUCGGAGGCGACGCCCCCCUCGUCCCGAGAAUCCAAUCCCUGCUCGCCGAACUCCUCGUCCCCGCGGCGGAGCAGGUCAUCUGGAAUUCCAUCGAUAAGACUUACACCGGCCACUAUCGUCCCGUUUCCCCUUCGCUAAACUCCUCCCUCUCCCUAAAAACCUCCCCCGCCAAGGGCCUCCACCUCUCCCACUUCAUCUCGAAUUCCACCGACGUCCUGCAAGCCCUAGGCGGCGAACUGGGCGCCGCGGCGGGCACUCCGUGGCACGCGCAACUCAUCCCGACACUGCUCUUCGAAGACGAGGAAAACCAGCAGGGCGAGAUCUGGCGCGUCACGGCCGUGAACGAGAGGACGGAGGAUGCGGAGGCCGGGGUGUGGGAUGAGCAUUGCGUGACGGAUGUCGAUGUGCUGCGGUAUGCGGGACAGCCGGUGACCAAGGUGGUGUUCUGGCAUGAAAAGGGCGUUGUGGAACUACCGGCGUUUCAGCUGACGUUGAGAAGAGUCCCGGAAGGAGAGGGAGAGGAGGGAUUGACGGUCCCAAAGGUGGAUCUGUGA